UGCUUCACCGGACGCAGCUUUCAAAGAUGGCCGCGACCUUUCUGGAUGCGUGGUGAUAAAACGACAGCUGUGCAUCUCUCAGAUGAAUAUUAAUGGAGUAGUUUGAUAUUUUUUAGCAUUAUAAUCGAUCAUGUUUUCGGUAUUUAGGCGUGUGUUUGUGUUUUCAGGGCUGGCGGGCAGGACCGGAGAAACUCCAGCCAGCCUUUUCAGCAAUGACCUUCUGUGACUUACUCUGUUUGCGGAGGGUGUCGAUCAUCUUCUGGACAACUGUCAGCUAUCCUGCAGCAGCAUCACUUAAAAAUGCUCACAGCUGGGUUGAAGACGUAUGAUGUUCCACCAGACUACAGUGAUACGGUUUUACCAGAGAGGCCCAAACUGAAAUUCCUCGAUAAAGUCCCUAACUUAAAAAAGGCCAAGAAGGAGAUGAAGAAACUACGUGACAUCCAGGGUCCAGCUAAUUCCGCCAAUACGUUCAGAUGGGGACAGUAUGGCAUUUUGGCCAUGGGUGGAGGGUAUCUGCACUGGGGCCAUAUGGAGAUGAUGAGGCUCACUAUUAAUCGGCGUAUGGACUCACGUACCACCUUCGCCCGUUGGAGGAUUAGCGCUCCUUACAAGCCCAUUACUCGUAAAGGCCUGGGUCAGCGCAUGGGAGGAGGCAAAGGUGCCAUCGACCACUAUGUUACACCGGUAAAGUGUGGCCGGUUGAUAGUAGAGGUCGGAGGUCAUAUUGAACUCGGGGAAGUGGAACCUGUGCUUAAAGAAGUGGCAAAGAAGCUGCCAUUCCCAGCCAAGGUGGUAAGCAGAGAGAGUCUGGCUGUCAUGCAGCAGGAAGAAGCCGAGAGGAAGGCCAACAACCAGAACCCGUGGACCUUCGAGAGAAUAGCCAGGUCCAAUAUGCUGGGCAUCCGCAAAGUCAUCAGCCCGUUUGAUCUUCACAAUCAUGGCCGCUACACCGGAAAGUUUUUCAACCCAGACAGAAUCUGAGCUCAGACGAAGCAAGUCAAAAACAGCUCCAUCAGCAACACCUCUGAAAAUGUUCACCCACAUCCUCUUUGAGACAAGGAUCUCAUGUUUAAGUGUUAAUAAUGAGUUCACACAUUCAGUGUCAACGCUGCUUGCUUGCAGUCGUAAGAUUUGUAAAGAAAAGGUCACGGAGGUACAUCAUUCAACAGUGCGGUUACCAGCAGAUCAGAAGAAUGCAAGAGCUGUAGACCAUCCAUUAUGCCAUGCUGUGUGUGUGUGAAGUGUUUUUUUUUUUUUUUUAAUAUAUAUAUUAAAGCAUCCGUACACUGA